GAAAACCUGCAAAGUGACCACAGUGGCGUCAUGUUGUCGGUGCGGCUUUCUCGCCGGAAUGCGCGAGCACUCGUCCGUGGGAGGACCUGGCGCAUUGCCAUUCACCCAGACAACUCCCCCCAAUCGACUGUAGCGGUGCCCUCAGCUAUCAUCCCAUAGAGAAGACCCCCUCCCAUUCUGAUACGUUCACAGCCAUUUCGGCUCAAAUAUCCUCGCUCCCCUGCGAUACCAACCGGUAAAAGGGGGUAGAAGUUGUUUACCUUUGGCUCCAACUAGUUGAUACUAUCGUAUAUCCUCUCCAGAGGCUGGUGCAUCCAUCUAUGCGUCUGUGGGGGACUCUGGCGCUCGGGCUGCUGAGUGAUGCAGUGUUCGCUGCCAGCUCUUCAGGCUCCAGCACCUCAGCGACCAGCGGGACACUCAACACACUGACAACAAGCUGCAAUGGCGGCUGCAGUAGCAACGGAGCCUGCGUGGUUGUGGGUCAGUCCUCAGCCAACUCCAUCAACUGUGUGAACGACACCAGCUGCGUCACGUUAUCAUCGGGUCAAUCGGCGCUGUGUCUCGACGCCUUUAGUUCUUCGGCCACCGAGUGGGUCUUCCAGCCAGCCGAGAGCAACGACACAGCAGGUGUUGGUCCCUUUGAACGAGUCGGGCUAUUACAGUUGGACGACCACGUUACAGGUCUGACGUUCAGGAAGGCAGACCAAGGCGAGGAACCGCUCUCUGGAUCGCUACAACUCGCGUCCAUGAACAUCCAACCGGACGCUAUUCUGGAUACAGUGACGUUCCAGAACUUGAGUCUGUCCGGAUUGGACAGCGCCUUGCCGCUCAACAGCGUCAAGAGGAUAUACGUCAACAACUGCUCACUCAGUGAGAUCCCCACAGCUGCAGUUGCUGGUGACUCCGUCACCGUCAUUGAUCUAGCUGGAAAUGCCAUCACCAAGGUGGACACCAACUUCCAAGAGGAGACUUUUUCCAACCUUACAUUGCUUGAUUUAUCGUCGAAUGCUCUAACAGAGUUCGAUCUUGUACCGGAAAACUUCCCAGCCAUCACGACGUUAUACCUGCAUGGCAACUCGUUGAUGACUGUUCCUAACGUGAUUUUUAAUUUGGGGACGCUGCAGUAUCUGACGCUGAUCGACAAUCCUAUCAACGCGUCGGACCUGACAGCGCAGCAGUUUACGUUCCUCGCUAAUUUGCAGGUGUUCUCGAUCGAUGGCAUGACCAACACAAGUGCAUGUCCGACUACUGCAGUACAAAGUACACUGAACGAUUCCUUCACGUUUUGCGUGAGUAAUGACGAUGGAAAUUUAAACUCCACGGUUACCGAAGAGCCAGCGACGACGGUACCUGCAACAACCGAGGACGAUUCCUCGUCGUCUUCAUCUAACAAGACUUGGGUCAUUCUGGGUGCGUGUCUGGGGGCAGUCGUGCUACUGUUACUCAUCGGUCUCGUCUGGUGGUGCUGUCGGCGACGGAGAAAUGAGCAACCUAAGCUCACAAACAGUACUAUACCAUCGAUCGCUAUUGGUAUGGGCGACAUGUCGGACCACCCGUACAUGGAGCUAGGAGUCCCCCGAUCCAAUGCCUCCAGUCAGACGACAUCGGACUUCGAACUGCUUGCGUCUGUGGCUGAUGGCUACAUUGGGCUGACUCGGUUAUCGUACGACGAUGUCUUCCUUCACAAGAUGUUGCGCGUUAGUAGUCGUUCCGAGCUGUGGCUGGGCGAGUACAAGCAUGAAGCAGUACUCAUCAAGAAGAUCAAGAGUAACACGGCAUCGAAAGCGUUGAUGCGAGACUUUGUGACGGAGAUAGAGCUAAUGUUCGAGCUCAAACACCCUCGUAUCGCUGCAUUCAAAGGCGCGAUGUGGGACGCGGAUGGUACGGAACUCUGCGCUGUGGUGGAGUACGUUGAAAAGGGUGCUUUGCGAGACUGCACGGUGAACAACGCCAUCGAGUUGUCCGUGCCGAAGCAGCACGCCAUUGCUCGCCAGAUUUCGGAGGCAAUGGCGUUCCUGCACAAGCAAAAAAUCGUCCACGGUCGGUUGAAUGCUUUUAAUGUUCUGCUGGACAAGGACUAUUCUGCCAAGUUGAGUCUUUUCAGUAUCUUCCACUACGUCAAGCUUUCACCUCUGGACAAUGAGUGCAAAAUCUUUGUGGCUCCGGAAAUUCUGCGCGGUGAGCAGCCAUCGGAACGAUCUGACGUCUACGCGUUUGGUGUGGUUCUCGUGGAAAUCGACACAGGCGAGACUCCAGUGAUGAAUGCUCGGAAGCUGUCGAUGGAACGGUCAGGUCGCGAAGAUGGUCUGUCCCCCACAGCCAAAAAGGUUGGAUUCCGCAUGAGUCGUCAGUGUUCUGGAGUGAUGAAGGAUGUCAUUACUGCCUGUUUGGAGAAGGACCCAGCUCGACGGCCAUCGAUGGCUGAGGUGGUGUUGGCAUUCAAGAAUGGGGCGAUGAAGCUGUAGGACAGUUCUCUCUGAACUCGUAUUUUAUUCCUUUACACAUUAACACAUUAACCGCCAAAGAUUUACACCAACUACGCCAGAUGCCGCUGCAUGAAGCAGAAUUCAUGAAAAUGCUAACUCGCACUUUUGUAAAUGGAUCUUUGGUUAUAUAUGCAAACAAAAAUACUUUACUUCAGUAACUAUUGUUGCAAUUUCCACAAUAUGAC